ACAUCCGUUCGACGACAAGACUGGAAAAGCGAAUACGGUGUGUUAAUUAAAUCGACGGACACAUGGGACGAGGUAACGGUGUGUAACCGUCACACCCGACAGCCGUCGGACCACGACCACCUAGCAUGCCUCCUCUUCCAGCGAGGUCGCCUCUACGCCCGCCGCCGCCGCCGAAACAGAGCGAGGCGGUCGUGACGAAGAGACAGCAUGCUUUGCAGGAGCUGCUCUCCUCGGAGAAAUCGUACGGGUCUGACCUCGCGCUGGUACGGCAGGUACACAUACCGCUCGCCCUGGGUCAGCCAAUACACCUGGGCGACCAAACCCUAACCUCGACCGUUGACGCUCCGAUGACGUCCACCGACGUCAAGCUCAUCUUCGGCAACAUAUCUGACCUUUCUGCCUUUGCCACCCACUUUCAUCACGCCCUCAAGGCCGCCAUCGAUGCUGACACUGUUGGUGCCCUUUUUCUCCGCUCAGUGCCCGACAUGGAGCGCCCUUACAAGUCCUACAUCGCCCGCCAUGAAACCGCCUCCCGCCAUCUCCGCUCGCUUCCCGUCACAACCGCCCUCACCGCCUACCACGUUCAAACGCGAACAAUCGCCAGCUCCAUGUCGCGCGCCUGGGAUCUCCAUUCGCUCCUUAUCAAGCCAGUCCAGCGGCUCCUCAAAUACCCUCUGCUGCUCGGAACCAUCUAUGAGGAAACACCCGACGGUCACCCUGACAAGGGCAAUCUCCGUUUGGCAAGGGACGCGGUGCAGGAUCUCGCUUUCAGGGUGAACGAGGAGCGCCAUAGGGCAGAGGUAGUCAAGGAUAUGCUCAAUCGGAAUGUCGUGCGCGUCAAGAGCGUCAAGGGCCCUAGUCCUACUGCCGCCCUGCCUCCCACCGGCGAUAUGUCAAACUAUCACGCCCGUCUGCUGAGAGUUCAGUCCUUUUCCAACCAGCUCGCCCAGAACGUCCUCCACUGGUCGCGUUCAGUGGCCGCGGCUUCCACGCAGCUGCACGCGUUUGCCCACUCAUUCGGGAACGUCAUUGGUAUCUCAACAGAGGUUCAAUCAGACUCGUUUGAAGCUUUUAUGACGCUCAUUAAUAUACAUCUGAUACCACUGACAACGACGCUUUCGCAAACAUUGAGCAAAGAGCUCCUUACCCCACUUUCCCAACUCUUGGAUGCGACCGCCAAGCCCCUUCAUCUCGUUGAAACACUACAAAAUACUCUACUGCCCCUGCAUACCCAUCUCAUGAAUAUGCCUGUCUCACACAAGAACCGCCCCUCGGCCGAGCUGCUGAAAGCUUCCGCGGACUAUGUAGCUCUCCGGGGAAAGCUUGCAGAAGAGCUGCCUUUGUUCGUGGAAAAGGCUGAUCGGGUUCUAUGCGGAUGCGUCUUUCGACUUGCACGGGCAGAACAAGAGUAUUGGAAACAGGUCAAUGCUGGUUGGCGAGAACUGUGGGAUAUGCUAAGCAUGGAGCCUGGGAACACGGUCAAGGUUUGGUGGGAUCGGUGGGAAGAGGUUGAUGCGGUGCUUUCGAGGAUGCGAUGUGUACAGUUUCGUCCACCGUCUCCAUCGUCAGCAUAUUCUUCUUUGUCCAAUGCGACCACGGCAGUUGGGAGUGUCUUGUCAUCGUUAGACCCCAAGCGUACGAGCGUCAAGUCCAAGACGCGCCUGAGGCCUAAGCUACGCCGGCCGUCAACAUCGAUGCCAUCAUUACCACGGAAAAAGAGUUUCCGGCGGAAACUCUCAGACCCGAAUGUGAAGGAAAAGGCAAAGGAGGCGCUUUAUGUUGUCCGGUCUGUGUACCCGUUUGAUCCUCCAAAGAAGAAGUAUUUCUAUGACUCGCAUCCGUUUUUGGCGCUGAAUGGACAAGGAGAAGCGCUUGACGUGUUGAAGGAGGCAGGGCAUCCAAAGGACCACCUGAGUCGGGGUCUGCUGCUAUAUGUCGACGAUGGUGAGUCGGAAGAGCCCGACUCGCUUUUGUUGGUACGGCGCAAGGCUGGAGGCGAGGUUGGGUGGGCUUUAGCAAGUUAUCUCGAGCUGGUAACGAUCUAGGUGUGUGGGUUUAGUGCAGCAUAUUAAGGAAUGUAAAGUACAUAUAAUAUUCACUCCUACAUUUUUCUGUAAAAACAUAGAAGUGAGGAUUGUCUCGGAGAAGGGAGCACCGUACAUGUCUUGUAAACGUUCUGUUCGAAUCACAGAGUUUCUACUCAUGUUCCGGUUGGCUUCAUGGGGUUGCAACCUGAAAUGUUGCGCGAGUAGAAUGCUCCCAAGGUCUGGAUCCAUCUUUCUUUGCGUCCGCCUACACGAAGUUCCGCACAUACGAGUUUUGCGGAUAGAACAAGCCUGCGUGACAGAAGCUAAGGUCCACAACGAGAUCAUUUGGAUAUUAUCGCUCAUUGAAAUUCAGGUUUGGGGUCUCGGUUUUGGUACCAAAUGAGCAGCCCGUCUCAUGCUGUG